GACCACGGGGAAACAACUCUUUACUUAGAGGUCGCCCUGCGUUCAACUUCCUGUAAAGAUGUUCUAGCUAAUUCGUGUAAAUAUCAUUUAUGAAGAAAAACAGUUCAGCUUGAUGUGGUAAUGAAGACAGUAAUGGAAACACAGCCACAUAUGUAGACUGACUGUGAGCUGCUGUUGGGUGCAGCAUGUCUCGACACUCUAGUGGUGGAGAGGUACCCACAGGGACCUGGUUACUAAAAAAUAACGGACAGUUCUCAAAUGAGGACGACCUGUUGUUAGAUAUAGGCAGUCCAAUGUUGAGCUCUUCGUUGUCUUCUCCCUCAUUUUCCCUCCAGAGGAAUCGUGCCAGCUCUGAAUCCAAGCUGUUUACCCCUCCUGCUGAGAAACGUACAGGAAUGCCCUCCAAAAUGUCCAAACGAGAAUCAUUAAAGGUACAAAAGAAGUACUAUCGCAAUCAGAAGAAACAAGCGACCAAAGAGUUAAUGAGCACACAUAAGGAUUCCUCAGUCAUUGUGCUGGCUGAUUGGCUCAAGGUCCGCGGGACCCUAAAGAGCUGGACCAAGUUGUGGUGUGUUCUGAAACCGGGUCUUCUCGUACUCUAUAAGAGCGAGAAACAGAAAAGUAGUCAUUGGGUUGGCACCGUUCUACUGAACACAUGCAGGCUGAUAGAGCGACCAUCCAAAAAGGAUGGUUUCUGCUUCAAACUUUUCCAUCCACUGGACCAAUCCAUCUGGGCUACAAAGGGACCAAAAGGGGAGACAAUUGGUGCCAUAGUUCAGCCAUUGCCAUAUUCUUACCUCAUCUUCCGAGCCCUGUCAGAAUCUGCUGGGAAGUGUUGGAUGGAUGCCCUUGACUUGGCCCUUCGCUGUACCGGACUACUGAUGAAGUCUAUGAAGAAGGACCCCCACUUGGUACAGGGGGAGAACCCUGAUACACCUGACACACUUUUACCCCCUACCACAGACCAAGACCAACUGAAUGACAGCGACUGUGAGAAACAUUUCGCUGGUGUAGACCUUGAGGAGGAUAGUCGGACAGACAGGGAGGAGGUGAAGACGGAUUCUGAAUCAGACACAGAGGAAGAGGAUGAUAAAGUGUUUGAUGAAGUCAGUCAGCCAAGUGAGACGUCAUACAUGGAGAAUGUGGUCGAGGAAUUGGGACAGCAGGGAGAUGCUUGUCAAACAGAAGAAGUUGAUGAAGAGAACAAAAGCCUUAUCUGGACCUUGGUUAAGCAGGUGCGGCCAGGUAUGGAUCUAUCUAAAGUGGUGCUGCCUGCCUUUAUCCUCGAACCUCGCUCCUUCCUAGAUAAACUGUCUGAUUACUACUAUCAUGCUGAUAUUCUAUCUGAUGCUGUUACCCUAGAGGACCCCUACUCCAGAAUGAAAGGUGUUAUCAAGUGGUACCUGUCAGGCUUCUACAAAAAACCAAAAGGCCUGAAGAAGCCAUACAACCCCAUCAUAGGGGAGACAUUUAGAUGCUACUGGCAGCACACCAAGACAAAGAGUCGCACAUUCUACAUAGCUGAACAAAUAUCUCACCACCCUCCAGUGACAGCCUUCCAUGUGACUAAUCGACAUGACGGCUUUACAAUCAGUUCAAGCAUUCUGACCAAAUCCAAGUUCUAUGGAAACUCCCUGUCUGCCAUUUUGGAUGGGACCGCCAAAUUAACAUUCCUAAAGCGAGGAGAGGAUUAUCUUGUAACUAUGCCAUAUGCUCACUGCAAAGGAAUUCUCAUUGGUACACUGACUAUGGAGAUGGGAGGCAAAGUGGCCAUCGACUGUCCAAAAACAGGGUACAGGUGUGAGCUGGAAUUUAAACUCAAGCCUUUCUUAGGGAGUGGUGCUGCAUCCAAUAGAAUAUCAGGGAAAAUCAAGAUGGGUUCUGACACCUUGGCCCAUGUAGAAGGUCACUGGGACCAGGAUGUGUUCCUCAAGGAGAAGGGGUCUUCGGAAAAUGAAUUAUUCUGGAGUCCGACACAAGAAGUGAAAAGUCAGAGGUUAAUUCGUUACACAGUACCAGUUGAUUCACAAGGAGACAUGGAAUCAGAGAGACUGUGGAGGCAUGUGAGUGAUGCGGUGGUAGUAGCUGACAUGACAAAUGCCACGCAAGAGAAGUUUAUACUGGAAGAACGUCAGAGGAAAGAGGCACGAGAGCGCAAGGCCAAGAUGGAAGAAUGGAUGCCACGCUUAUUUGAAAGGGAUCUUCUGACCGGAGAUUGGGUCUACAAAGAUAUAGAUAUGAGGCCAUGGGACCCAAGUAACGACCUGCUGCAAUAUGAGUCUAGCUACUGUAUUCAAACGUGGACACGUCACAAGACACCUGUUGUACGGACAUGUAGCAUCGCUAGUCUCGAGCAGCAGCCAGUGCCUACUGUUGGUCGUCAUGCACCCUGUAUCCAUAGAAACUCCGUAAAGAGGCUACGUAUUGUUGGGGAGGAGAGUGAAAGCUCAACGCCAGAGAUUGACACUCGACACAAUAGUGAUUCAUCAGACCAAACUAAAGCUCGAAGAAUCCAGCGAACAGCUUCCAAUAACAAGGCCCGACUCUCAGAGGAAACACUUUCAAGAGCCUUGCAGCCAUUGAUCGAAAUGCAAAAGGAGACCAACCAAUCAGUUCAGCUAUUACAAAAGCAAAUGUUUUUGCUAACCAAGCAGAAGGACCAGUCACAAGACAAUAAUGCUCUGGUCCAGAGCCGUGAUAUUUUUGUUGUGCUUGCUGUUGUUCUCUGUCAGGUCCUCCUACAGCUGCUGUGGAAAUGAUCUGUUGUUAACAAAAAUAUUGUUUAUUUAAAAGUUGUAUUAGCUGUGAUUCUCACUUUUAUUAAAUAAUGUAUGAUCACUCUUAUUAUCAUAAAGUGCAAUAGUGAUUUUGACAGACUCUAUUAUGAACUUGUUAAAGGUUAUUGGGGUCUAAAGCUAAAGGUUCUGUCUAAAACAGAUAGCAUUAUAUGUGUCUUGAGAAGUUCUUUGAGAUAAUUGUGGACAUGAAAGGAUAUUUUAAGAUAAUUUGGAUGUACCCCUUCUGAGAAAAAAGAUAACAUUUGUUUGAGAUUUGUAACCUUUUGAAAGAGAAGUGGUUAUCUUGCAUGAUAAGAUUCAUCAAUUUGUUAAUGAUGUAUGAUUAUUUUAUUUGCAGACAGUAAUAUAUACGUAUACUAAUACAACAGUUUAACUGACACCUCUGAUGCAGAUAAGUGGCCUAAUACACAUGAAAUAAGUUUGAUAGGUGAAACAGGGUAUUAUUUACCAAUCAUCAUCAGAUGGUGGAUUUCGAUAUUUGAAAUAUGUCGUCUCUAUUUCUUAGUCUAUGUCAAAUUACAUGCAGAGGUUCCUCUGUCCCUAGUUGUGCAUGUAGAUUUUCAGACUCUCUGGUAAAAUGACAGGAAGCCAAAUUUAAAUUUUGACAUUAUCAGUAUCUCUUGGAAUGUACAUGUUGUACGUGGGUAUUUACAAACUUUUGUGCAUUUAUGAAUUUAUUUAUUGAAUCUCAAACUUAUAUAGAACUAAAUUAGAUAAAGAUAAUACAAUUCUGGGCACCAACAUCCAAUGGAAUUCCUCUGGUAUCUUGUUUUUCAAUCUACAAGUAUAGAUGUACUCUUCAAAUAUCACUUUGACAUUGCAAAACGUCUUCAACUCAUGAGACCUGACAUUUCACUCUCCUUUUCUUAACAUGCUUCAAAAUUUUUCAAAAGUUUUUCUCAACCUCAUUCUUUUGAAUGAUUCAUACUUAAUUUGAAAAAAAAAAUAGUCUAAAUCUGAUACACUUUGCUACAAGGAAAUGUGGUAUUAGUGUAUAUAUGCUACUGUUUGUAAACAAAAAGACGGAGAAACAUUGUCAAUGGAAUGAAUCAAAGGGAGAUAACUGGAAUGAAUCAAAGGGAGAUAACUGUGUGGUUUGAAUAAAGAAAACUAGUGCAUCCAGGGUAUAGUAGGGAGCCACAUUGUAAAGUGGAACUGCAAUAUUGUUAUGGAUUUGUUACUGUUAUCCAAACAACUAUGGUUUUACAUGGUGGACGAUCGUUUUAUGUAUUUAAAUGUGUAAUGACCAAAAUGAAAUUAUUCUGUCUUUGUCACUGCUGAUUGAUUUCAUGAUAACCUAUGUUGAUUUCUGCUGUUGUUUUUCGUUAGUUAUGUUGUUACAGAAUCGAUUCUUGAUAUUGAAACAUACUGUAAGGAAAUGAAUUUCUGAAUGUGCAUUUGAUAUCGGAGUAGAAAUGAGGAAUUUCUUAUGUAAAAUAUGCAAAAUUGAACAUGAUAGAUAAGGCAGAGGUUAGAAAGUAACAGUAUAAUAAUAACCUAUAACUAUAUACAGUAAUACACCAACUUACUUUAAAUACCUAUAGUGUUUAUUCAGUCUUAUGGAUUGAUCUGGUUAUCUAUUCAAAUGCAAUAAUACCAAAGUUUAUUGGGAUGAAUCUAAUCAUUUUUUUGUCUUUUAUUGUUUGUGUUCAUUAAUUGUGCAAUUUCAGAUAUAUGUAUUCAGAUAUAUGUUUAAUUUUUAAAUAUAUUAUUUUGGAUUUUCACUACAGGUCUUUUUUGUGUGUAUAUUUAUCUCUUCACAUAAAUUUACAUGUUGAUAUGUAUUGCUAUGUAUUCUGUAUAUACACAUGUAUUACACAUGUACACACAUCAAACUGCACGCACCAGGUUUGAUCAGAUGAAUCACACAAGUUUUGAUAGAUGAAUCACUUUUUUCGACAAUUUCAUUGUCAGCUGAAAUCCAAUCAUCCUAGGCAAUAUCACAUUUCACUUUUAAUACUAUGAAAAAUAUUGAUAUUGUGAUCUGUACUUUUUGUUUAUUUCACCAAUAAAUGAUACGUUCUCUUGGUUCUUUAUUCAGUUGAAACAUGGCAGUGUAGUUUUAACUGUGAAAUAUAACCGGUAGUAUCACAGUCUUUAGUGAAGGUGACAAUUCAAUAGUACAGGUUUAUAAUUAUAACUUAAUAUCAGAUAUGGUUUGAUUUUCUGAAAUUCUCAUUGGCUAAAACAUGAUCAUGUGGAAGUUAAUAUUUUGAGGUAUUGACCUUAUGUUUCUGUUUUUAGAAACACUGAGUUAAUAUAGUGUCUAUUAUGUCAUUAUCAUUGUGAUGUCACAUUGCUUCAAUGUAAAUUUCCGGUUAUCAAGAUUGAUAUUAAAUAGUGCAAUCACACCCUUUUAAACAAGAUUCAUAUCUAAUAUAAAAUUAAGGACCUUUGAUUUGGUCAAUAUUGUGUUAUACCGACCAGAUUUGAAUUGUUAACCUCGUGGUUAAUAUUUCAUUGUACCACGUCGGUAUUAAACCAUAUUGACCUCAUUUAAGGUCCAUAAUUGAUGAAUUAAAAGCACUCCAUACUUAUGAUAUACAUACUGGUGUUCAUAGACGAAACACGGUACAAUAGAUUGUAAUGUGUGUAUCUCAUUAGCUUGAACAAUUGAUGAUUGAAAAAUAUGAACAUAUCAUUGCAGUUUGAAAUAUACUGUGCUGAAUAAGUUCUACUCGGAAACAGUGAGAGACACAGGAUAUUUAUCUAGUCAUAAUUAUAAAACUGUAACUAUCACUAUUUCAGAGUCCGGUCAGUACAUGUUGUCUCAUGACAAUUUGAUCACCAGGCAAGUGGAUCUGGGGAUGUUUUUGUUUAUCACAGUUUGAGAAGGGGCCAGUUUCAUCAAAAUUCUUUAUAGCAAUUCUUUAACUUAAAAUGUUCCAUAGUAAAGCAUUAUAGAUCUAAAGGAAGGUUCCUUAACUGAGCUUUCUUUUUUAAAUUUUAAUUCUCUCCCAUGGGAAAUAUUUUAAAUUAAGUAAUUUCCUUAAGUUAGUAAAACUGGGGCUAGCUAAUCCCAUACUAAAAUACUUUGAAGAUUUAUAUCACAAUUUUCAACAUUUAUUAUCAGACACAUGCAUUUAUAUUUCUAUUCCUUGUGGAACUUCGAGGUUUGACAAUUAACAAAAAUUUAAAUAUCUGAUUAGAAAUCAAAAAUCAUGAUAUGAACCUUCUAAGUCUUACAUUAUAGGACUACAUGGCCAGCUGGAUCAGAGUUGUCAAUUAUAGUAAAUAUGGACCCAGUGAUCUAAAUUUGUUUCCUUACAAUCCUUGUAAGAAUGUACAGCUACAUGUUCCUCAGACUUGCAUGUAUAUUUGAUAAAUAGCCAUAUGUUGGAAUUCUGGCAGCCAAUACCUGAAAAAAGACAGCAAAUUAAAUCAUUUGAUGAUGUGAAUUUCUCCUAAAUCACAAUGUUUGGUAUUGUCAGACUGACAAAGCUUUUCACACUGACUAGAUUCUGGCUGUUAAUAGGACGUUAUAUAAACCAAACUCUAGGUUCUUACAUGAUUGAUAGAUCACUUUAUUGGAUUUUUUUUCUGUCUUGUAUUUUAUUUAAAGUACUCUGUGGAAAUUUUUCAGAAUUUUUGAGAACAUUUUAUUACUUAAUGAUGUAUACAUGCAUUUAAUUUAGUAAAGAUAUACACAAUUAUGUACAGUUUCAAACUUUUUCACAACUGCUCAACUGGAAAAAAAUAUUAGUGUUAUGGUCCAUAUGUUUAUUGUAUUAUAAUGAUUAGAUACAUUUUGAAAACUGUCUCAAUAUUUCAGGUAUUAGAAUUUGAAUUUAUUAUGUUCAAUACGGUAAUAUUUAUACAGAUUAUUCAAGUAUCUAAAUUAAAUGAAGUUCAAACUUUUACAGAAAACCAGAUUUUGGUUGAUGGUUCAGGAAAUGUUUUGUAUUUCUUAACAUGUUUUUAUCCCAGAAAGUGCAACUUAUGCCAUUAGAAUUGUUUGUCAUUUCAAGAAUUAUCAGAGCCUUUAUGAGUUUUAUAGUGAUAGCCAAGUUCUAUGCUCUGUAGUCAUCUUUCAUGCAAUAAUACAUUUUAGAACAAAAUCUUACUUAUCAAUAUCAUUUAAAGAAUUGUAGAUAAAAAGGAAAAAAAUCCUGCCCAUAGAAAAGGUUUUACCUUAUUAAUGCAUAAUACAAAUUCCAAUAUACAGUGUUAGAAAUUAAAGUAAUUCAAAUAUAGGUAGUUAUGUUUGUGUAGUAAUAUGUCGAACUGGGACCAGAAAAUAUGGCUGCUCAUAUACAUGGACUACCUUUGGGCUAUUUCAGUAAAAUAUCUACCCCACCCCAGGACUCAAGUUUUUGUUUAGGGGUACUACCUAUAGAAUUUCUUUUGAUAAUUUCCAUUAUAUGUUAUAGAAGUAAGAGGUAGGAAACCGAACCAUGGACAGAAGGGAAUUCUUUCUAAAUAUCUGGGGGCAGGUAGAUGUUUGAAUGGAAUAGCCCCAACGAUGCAUGCUAAAGUUGAACUACAAGUAUUUAUCAUAACUGCCCAGUCAUCUAUAUUUUGGAGACUUCAAUAUCAGUUAAGUAUCCAAUAAAUUGUUAGAAUUCUAAUUUUGAACAUUUUCUGGUGAACAAAUGUUUAAACUAUUUGUGUAUUGUUGUUUAGGUUCAAUUGUUAUAUGUGUGCCUCUUGAAGUUAAGACACAAACAAGCAAGAAUAAUUUGUGUGCUAGGAUGCAAACAUGGCACGAUUUAACUUUCAAUAUCCUUUCACAAUAGUUACUCUACACAAAUAUGAAAAGUCACAUCUAUGUUUUAAUUAGUAUAAAUUCUUUGUUCAUUUGUAUGAUAUGCUUUUAUUUCCAGUUUCAGUUUAUCAGUUUCAUCACAGAGUUUGACCUAGGUAUAUGACACAAGCCGCUAUCAUACUACACUACUUGUAGACUUAUAAUUCAUUGUAUGAGCUCAAAUGUAUGUUGUACAUCCAGACCAUAAUCUGUUGUAACAGGGUAAAGAUACUUGCCCAUUUACCAUUUAAUAUUGGUAUAUAUGUUUGUGUACAAAUAAAAUGUACACAUUUUUCACAAAAUAAUCUCUGCUACACAUACGAUUUGACCCCAUUGAUUUCUAGAUAAUUAAGUAGCUAGCUAAACUUUAUUGAGUUUCUGCAAUUACAUAGCUGGCAAUAAUGUCCUACAUGUUCUCAAGGUCUACAACAUAUGAUGUCUUCAUAUGGAUAGAGGAAAUACAUGUAACAGUGAAAUUGCUAAUGUAUACAUUAGUUAGAAUAUCAACCUUAACAUGUUCUUAGCCACUACUUAGUUCACAAACUUGACUAUCUUUCUACCGAGUAUACUGAUGACAUUGUCACACAGCACUAUAGUUCACUGUUAUAAAGGUCUAAAUUGGUAUUAGGGUCUAAUGUGGUUAGGUAAAAAAUCAAACAUCCAAUUUGUGAUUAUAGAACUCUGGGUUUGUUUAACAUUAACUCUGCAGCAUAAUGAUUUCAGCUAGACUCUCAUACUUGCUGAACUUUUCAGAGAUUUGGUUCUGAGGACGGCAUACCUAGUAUGCCGAAACAUGUAAACCAUUAAACCAGUUGAAGAUCUUCCUGCGGAUGUUGUCUGGUCAUCUUUACUUAUUGUUUUCAGAGAAAUGUUUAGUUGUUUUUAACAAUUCUUGUCACGUAAUACAUUGUAUGUCAAUCACAUUAAAUUAAUCACAUACAGGAACUACUUAAUACAGUUUGGUUAUACCAACACCCUGUCUAGUGAGACCAAUAUAUGUACCCAAAAGGUUGAUAGGUUAGUAAAAUUUCGUUAAACCAUUGGAAUAAAUUUGCAUGAUAUAAAAAACACAUGUUAAUUAAGAAAGUGAUAUAAGCGUGAUUAAAUAUUCUUAAAAUGUAAUGAUGUAAUUAUUGGUAUACAAUUAAAGUGAAAAUGACAUUUAAAUUCAGAUGUUGAAAUGUGAUUUUGUGGCCUUGGCUUUAUAAACCCUUUUCAAAUUCUUGUUACAAUACGACUUCUAAAGAAUACAAAAAAAUGUACAAAGUAUACUGAAAGGAAAAAGGAAAUGCAAUUAGAAAUUAAUUGGUUUAUAAAAAUUAAAAAUAUAUAUGUUACAGAGUGUAAAAAUGGUAUAGUUGUUAGAUAGGCAACCACCCAGUCAUGUGGAAAUUUCAUCCACGUGUACGUUAAGUACGCUCGUUAAAUUUCAAAAACUGAAGAAAUCCAACAUGCUUUCUUGUGUUAAAAAUUCCAGAUGUAGGUUUUGCCACCUGCCACCUCUGUAUUACCGGGAAUUCGAAGGACAUGCAUCUUCUUAACCAAUGAAAACAAAAAAACUACUGUAGAUUUUAAUGUGAAAAAGGAAAAUACAACCAGAGUACAGUCUAGAUGGUGUUGAGCAGAUUUUCGGAUGUUGUUUAUGAAGCUCGACCAUUUAUGCAGAUCUAGUUCUAUGAUUACAAUGGAUGUCUGUUUAACUUAAACACUUAAGUAGUGCUAUAUUUUGUUGGUGUUAUGUACUAUACAAUAUGCUAUUUUAAGUAAUUAAUUAUUAUAUUUCCAGGUUGUCAAAUAUUUGACCAAUUUAUGAAUAAAAUAUGGUCCAACUUGU